AUAAUCGCUUGUAGUCAUAGGAAAUGCAUCACUGCAGCUCAGCAGAUUGUGGAUGACUCACUGUGCUCUUUAACAUAUAAACCGCUGGAAGAACCGUUCACUUCUUUAGGCUGCACAUUCUCACUGGCUCUUCUGUCUACCCAAAAAACACUGGAGUAUUUGUCCAACGUUGGAUUAUUGAAAAAAUGAAAAACGUGCUUUUACCAGUAUUGCUUUUUACAGUCUUCUAUGCGGUGUCCUCUUCAGUACUGCAGAGACGGAUGGAAUUUGAUGAGGCAAUGACUUACCUGAGGCGGUUUGGCUACCUCGACACUCCACUCGACAAGGAAUCACAGGCUGAUGUAAGCGACGAGGCUAUUAGAGAAGCCCUGAGGCUUUUUCAGAGAGUGUCAGGUUUGCCAGUAACUGGAAAAGUUGAUACAGCUACAGUGCUGAAAAUGAAGCAACCACGCUGUGGGGUUGAGGAUCCUUUUAAUCAAAAAUCCAAUAAAUAUAGGCGUUUUGGUGGUAUUUGGAGAAAAAGGAAUCUGACAUUUCGUAUCUAUAACUACACACCUGAUCUGGGGAAGGCGGCAACACAGAGGGCCAUUAGACUGGCUUUUAAAUACUGGAGUGAAAUCACUCCAUUAAGCUUCAAGGAGAUUGAAUAUGGCCGUGCAGAUAUCAGGAUCUCAUUUCAUGCCAGGGAUGGCUGCCUAUCCCCUUUUGACGGACCAGGUAAUGUACUUGCUCAUGCUGAAGCUCCUCCUUCAGGGAUCAUACAUUUUGACGAGGAUGAGUUCUGGACCGAAGGCAAAUACUAUGGUUCUAACCUGCGAAUUGUGGCAGCUCAUGAGAUUGGACAUGCGCUUGGCUUGGGUCACUCUCAGUACAGUGAUGCACUCAUGGCUUCAUAUUACUCUGGCUAUAAAAUAAAUUUCAGACUGCACCCUGAUGACAUCAGAGGCAUCCAGGCAUUAUAUGGUAAAAGAAUCUCGAGCAGCACCACAGAGGAGGGCGUUCAUGCCGUAGAUUCCACAACCACAUCACCUGUCCCAGGAGUUGAUGUUCCUGAUCCAUGUGAUGCCAAACUUGAUGCCAUUAUGCUAGGUCCUUGGCGAAAGACCUUUGCUUUCAGUGGGGAUUACAUGUGGACAAUCACAGAGAUGGGACAUAAUGCUCCAAUAAAGAUCAAGCAGCUGUGGAAAAGCCUGCCAGGGAACCUGAACGCUGCUGUGUACUCACCAAGAACCAACAAGACUUACUUCUUUAAAGGUGAUAAAGUUUGGCGCUACACAAACUUCCGACUCGACUUCGGCUACCCCAAACAGUUGACUAGAAUCCCACCUAACAUUGAUGCUGCCUUGUACUUUGAGAAGAACAAAAAGAUUUUCUUCUUUAAGGGUUCAGGGUAUUGGCAGUGGGAUGAAAUGAUGUACAACGACCUGAGCAUUUACCCCAAACCCAUUUCCCGCCUCUUUACUGGCAUUCCAUCCAACCUGGACGCCGCCUUUACAUGGACCAACGGCAAGGUGUAUUUCUUUAAGGGUGAUAAAUAUUGGCGCAUGAACGAGAAGCUGAUGGUGGAUUCUGGUUACCCACUCAGUAAACGAGAACGGUGGAUGAGAUGCACCCAAUGAGUUUCCUGAAGCGCUAAAAAGAACUUUCACCAUGUUAAAACUGCAGAGAAGUCAGGGACAUGAACACUGAAACGUAUGAUGUGUAGCCAUGCUGUUGUAAUUUACUUCACUUUCCUGUGCGUUCCUUCACUAUAUUGUAAUCUAUAAUCUAUAUUAUAGUUAAUAAUAGUGUUUUAAAAAUUCAACAUGUAGAUCAGAUUCCAGGACAAAUUGCAAUUUGUCCUUUUGAUAAAAACAUGGCCCAAAAAAUAGAAAUAAACAACAGCUUUCUCCAAAAAUCAGUUGUAAAUAUAGUGACCACACUACAAGUGUUAGUGCUAGAAAAGCUUCUGGGUUACAGGUCAUUGGCAUGUCUACAGGUGAGUCGUAGUGAAUGCUGUACAGAUCAUUAGGGAGAACAGGAGUCACAAAAUUUGUCUUUAAUGAACUUGUGCAUAGUUGAUUGCCAUUUUUGUUUCUUAUUUAUUCAUAAAGAGAAAUAGUGUUUAAAGAGCUGAGGUCUGUCAAAUAUGGUCUAUUCAUAGCGCUUUACAUACAAUGGUGCUAAGAUUUUUCUUUUUUUUUUUUUUUUUUUACCCUUUUUUCCCCGUUUGGAAAUGUACCAAUUGCUCUUUAUUAUCACAAAAGAACAGUAUAUAAGAAUACAUAAUGCAUAGGCUUGGUGUUUGGUGGGGGAUGUACAGUAGAGGAAUGUAUGUAUUUCCUCUCCUUGUGUUCCUGCUUUAUGUUUUGGAGAAUGCAAUUAUUAAUGGGCAUUUCGGUUUCUGCGGGUCAAUUUGCUCAGUUUAAACUUUCACUUUUGCUAAUUGCAGGGAUUGUAUUGUACUGUCAAAACACUGAGACAGAGGGAAAACAUAUGAGUACUACACUUUUCAUUCACAUGAUCACAUAACAAAACAGCUGCAGCCAAAAUGGACAAAUAGCAAUAUAUUAAAGACUUUGAUCAGCAGUAAAGUUUGCAAAACUGAGACCUCAACUGCUGCCUUGCACAAUUCUCAGGAGCAAAAUGGGUCAUUAUCAAAGCUUUGUUUCUAUAUUUUAUGCGGAGACAAUUAAAAAAUAAAAAAAUGUUUUGCCAUCA